GAAACCGGGAGACGGCCAAGAUCCUCGAUGCUUUCUAGUGCUGGAAAUGACUAGAAAAUUGCCUUAAAUUUUAGCUGUUUUUGGGACUUAAACCAGUGCAUAGAGAUACGAUAAACCAUUUGUCCAAUGUUCUUUGCUAUUGUGGCCACAUUUUGCGUUUUCCGGCCAUUCCAUCAGCGCAAAUUUGACUCGACAGACAGAGCAAGAUUAAAUCAGGGAAGUUGCUAUGUCUCGGCAUGAGGGUAAGAAGUAAGCUUACUUUCUUUAAAAAAUAGAUAUUUCCUAUUCGAGGUUAACUCAGUCCAUAAUAUCUUGUGCUUAUUUCAAGGCUUAAGCCCACUCAGCUGUAUUUACUUUCGUCCAACGCUGGCAAUUCUCAUGUUUUGGCUGGUGUUGUUUUCAGUUCCGUUUCUUUACAUUUAUUAGAUGUAGGCUCAACUUGAAAGUGAAUGCAUUGAUUGUAGGGAAAGUUCCCAUAAUAAUAUUUGUCUUACAUCUUCCUGUUUAACGUAUGGUAGAUGUGUUAUCCUCCAGUGGAAAUUUAAACAACUGAUUAUCGAUGUCGAUUUUAAAGUUUAAGUUGAUUUAGUCCAAUAAUUAGUCGUUGUACUUUUAGGAGUGAGUUAGAACCAACAUACAUUUACGUGAACCAUAACCACACAAUUCUUAUAUAAUUGGAUUGCACGCAGCGACUUAAAGAUGUGACUGUUGACUAAUUUUGGGAUCUCUUUAAUUGUAAUUGGGAGAACAAACUGCAUGCAAAUCAUCCUAUUUAUUAAAUUAAUUAAAAUACACUGUACAACUUUGAUUCACUGAUUUGUGCUGCAGUUUGUUUAUGAUGCCCUGGGGCUUACUACCUUUGUUGCAUAGACAUUGCAUUCGAGCAUGCCUUUCUGUGAAAUAAGGGAGAGGUUUAGUUACUCAGGUUAGGGUUAUGUUCAGCGUAGCAAGGACAGGAAGGUGCAAAUUAGGCAUUGUUACAUAAUUUGGUGAAAAGUGAAAAGUUGUUGAAGAGUGUCAAAUAUUCUUUCGAUGAGUCUUGAUAAAGUGCACUGAAAAAUUAAUAGUGUAGUUGCUGGAAAUGAGAAAUAGCUGGUGACCUGAAACAAUAAUUGCUCUGAAAAGUGAAAGCAGUCAUCCACGUCGGUAUUGGUUUGUCUGCCAGUACCCGUGCAGAUUAAGCCACCACUUCUUUCCAGUAGUCAUAUUUAUGAUAUUUUCUGAUGGUGCAAUUUCACACAACUGUUUAUCGCAGAAUUCAUAAGAAUUCUCAUUCAUUAAAAGAAUUGCUUGAUCUGGACAUUCAAUUUUUGGGAAUUAUGUUCUCUCUUUUUUGACAAAUAUCAGAAAAAACGUUUUGUCACUUUGCUAAAACUUAUCUCAGGUAAAUUUAUAGCUACAAAACAUGAAUAUUAGACUAAAGGAAAGAUUGUGCAAAAGAUAGUUUUAUUGCACUUUUAAGGUUUUAACGAUACGCUCAUAAGAAAAUAACAAAAUUUCCAUCAAGCCGAGCAUGGAUUGAAAAAAGACAUCUUUUAUAAAUGGAACAAUGAUAUAUAUUUCUCUUUCCAGUGAUUAAAAACAGUGCCUUGUUAAAGCCUAACUCGUUUGCUUCCUAAAGUAUGGGUCAUUGAACAUAUGAUAACAUUACUGAGGAAUAAAAUUAUUAAAGAAAGCUUAUACUGCACUGAAAACAGUUUGGAUGCUUAAAAAAUUUCUGAUGGUUUUAUUUUUAGACAAUUAGUUUUUUUUGUCUAAAAUCGAAAUUGUCCAAUUUUUUUUGGCAGAUUAUGUUGUUACAUUUUGCUUUUAACAGAACUGAAAUGUUUUUGUUCUUUGCUGAAUAUUCUCUAAAGAAAUUGCAUAGCUUUCCCCAUAAUACAUCUUUUUCCAUAAAAUGUCACCUCUUAAAAAAAUUCUGCCUGAAUAGUCAAUAGUUAUUUCACCCCAUCAGAAAGUCUGUUAAGUUAAACUAAAGGUAUUAUAAAUUUUUAUGACAUGAAUGAGGAUCAUUAUGUGCACUACUUCAGUAGGGGGAUAAAAUUUCAAAACAUUGCAUUUCAAUAACAGCCCUAUAAAAAUGAACCAGCAGCUGGGAAUUUUACUGCUUCUAUUGGAAAUAUUCCUUCCUACACAGCACUUAAAGUCUGAAAAUUUUACAUAAAAACCACACAAGCCUUUACUUCAUGUGUUUGUCUGUAUGUAAAGGAUUACAAAAUGCACCAACCUUGCCUAAUCAAAAAAACAUUGCAUUUCCUAGUGUGGGACAAUGUUAGUACAUAUACUGUUCGUGUUUUGAUUUAAAAUGCCCUGAGCAUUUAAAAUAAGGAUAUGAACAUACAUUACAGUAUGUUGCCCAGUAUCCGGACGGUACCAGUAUCCGGACACUUGAAACAAAAACUCAAUUUUUGAGGCGCCCUUUUCAGUUCUCCGUAAACGAAGUAUUUCGAAUGAAAGCUGAACAUUUCAGCUUUAAGAUGAAAGUUUUGGCGAUUUGAAAGCUUCCGAAACAGUCGCAGAGGACGCCGUUCUGUUCAAGUGAGUAAACUUUUGGUGGCUAAUAUUUACGCUGUUUACUGUGCAGUAAAAUUAGUGCUGCUCAGAAAAGGGAGGGUAAUGUGUGAUAUUUUCAAAGAAACUGUUUUAUUUUUAAAGUGAAGAUACUUAAGGAAGUCAGGUUUUCAGAAAGUUUAUUAAUUCUUGAAAUUCUAUUUGUUUGGAAUAACGGAGGCCAGAAACAUUCACUAACUAUUGAUGUCAGGUGCCCAGUAUCCGGACAGUUUUUAUUUGCUGUACAGAAUCGAUGAAUUAGCUGUGUACAUUAUCCGGUUAAGAUUUAUUUCAUAUCAGUAACUAUAAUUAAAGCUUAGGAUAUAUGAUAUAGUCAUAAAAUGUGAUUCUACUCAACUCCAUAUGGAAAUUUUCUUCACUCAUUCCGGAGGCGCCUUGAUUUCGUGUGCACGGCUUGUUUCGCGUGACUGCAUUUUCUAUAUAUAACCGAAAGUGUCUGAGUUGAACCUCGAAUUCUCAUACUUUCCCCAGUUGUGACUGCUAGAAUGGGGUUGCAAUGGUCUGAAAAAUGUCACAAAGGGAUUGAGAGAUGUGAAAGAAGGAGGAAUUAGUGCUAUAAAAGCAGGCUUAUUGUUGGGACUGAGCAUGAAGAAAUCAACACUGCAGGUCAGACUAAAAGGGAGAGUGACCUUUGACCGUCGGAUUGAGGUCCCUUCCCCAAGCUUUUUUUUUUAAAUAAAAAAAUGAAGAAAUGCCUUCCUUAAACCAGUCAAAAAGUUCCUAGUAAAGGAAGUGAGAAUUAUACCAUUUUUAAAACAGCCGCUCGCGUUCCCCACCAUACCCCAGUCAUUUGUUAUAUUUUAUUUCACGAUGCUAGGUUAUAUAUUUGGAAUCGAUUUCCAGACUACUUUGCAAGUGAAAGAGAAGCUUAUAAGUCGCUUUCCUGUCGAAAUUUAUGUACAAUUACUUUGUUAUUGUUGUGUCCGGAUACUGGGCCAGCUGUCCGGAAACUGGGCAACAUAGGAGCUCUGCAAGAAUAUUAAUUUCGCAAUGGAAACAAAGGCAAAAAAGUUAAACUGUCUUUCGUCAUAUUAAGGACUAAAUAGAUUUUCUCUGGGCCAAAUUUUAGAGCUUUUGCGAUUAACAAAGGGAAGUUAUUGCAAUCUUAAACUGACGUGUCCGGAUACUGGGCAACAUACUGUACUGUAGGCUUUUCCACAGACCAACUUGUGUUGUGCGAAGCUGAUAAAUGCGAAAGAUCAUUACACCCUGUGCCGCUAUGUUGUGAUAUGUAUUCAUUGGGCAUACACUGUUCAAUGUAUUUGUGAAGGUUCUCAUUAAUUAUAAGUUUUAAAGAUGGCAGCAUGAUAAUGGAGUGCUGUAGGUAAUUUCAGGCUUUCAUUCCCUCAAUUUGCCCUGCCCUUUCUCUCCCAGAAGAAAACAGUUCUAAACUCUAAGUAUCUGGCUUUUUAGUUGUUUGAUGGCAUACAGUAAGAACCCUGUUAGUGUUUUACUGUUAUUCAUUAAAAUAAUGAAAAGGGACUUUGCACAGGCUGCACUAAUUGCCAUUUGCAUUGAGCAUUUUCUUUUUGUUUUCAUUCAACAUACAGGUGUUAGCUGUGACUCAUGUAGUAAAGCAAAUUUCCGUGGUAAACGAUUUAAAUGUUUGAUAUGCUAUGACUAUGAUCUCUGUUCGACAUGCUAUGAAAAUGGAGCCACAACGACAAGACACACAGCAGAUCAUCCCAUGCAGUGUAUUCUAACCAGAACUGAUUUUGGUAAGUGUUGCAUCAGGAAGCUCUACUCAGAAUGAGUUGUUUAAUAAUUAGCUUAAACAAUGGAAAAAUGACUCUAACAUGGUCCCUAGCUGUACUUUGUAAAAACAAUAGGAUGCCAUGACAGUGACGGCAAUGAGAAUGUCAAAAAAGCAAUUAGUUGAAUAGGCAAAACAACAAUUCUGCACGUGCAUCAUACUUUUUCGUCCAUUUCUUCGCAGUCACUGCUCGACCAUGACUUGAAAAUGCCUAAUUUCACGUUUUAUGGAGGACGUAAACAAGCGACGGCAAAAUUUUGUUUCUCUUUCUGAACUUGAAUAUAGUUCUAAGGAAUUCGUCUCAAAAAGAGUAAUUGUGACACAGAUUGAAAGAACGCAAAUUCUCUUUUUAAAUGACGUUUUCGUGGCCAUCGCCGUCGUGGUAUCUUAAACUCCCUAUUAGCAGGUUUCAUCUCAAAGGCCAAUGAAACUAGAGGUUUCUGAGAGGUUGGCUGCUCGGCCACUUAUUAGAAGACAUUUGCUAACUCACUAAAACCUGAAUUACCCUUACUAGCGUGGACUGCAGUAAAUUAACAACUUACACCAAAAACAACAACUUUAUUAUUUAUCGAGUUGUGUUUACAAUUAGGGAAAAUUAAUAUCCUAAAUGAGAUAUUAAACCUUUCAUUUUUGCCACAACCCACAAAUAUAUAAAAUAUUUAUAUAUUUUACCAGGGUAGGAAACUUUCUUUUCAAUUCACUUGUCUCUUUGUAAUGUGUAUUUUUCUUGUCCGGACUACAAAACUACUUGUCCCAAAAAACUGGCAAAAGCAGGGUUUAAAACAUUCUCUUUUUAUUUACGCCAUGUCCCAGUUUACUGAAAAGCUAAAUAGUCAAUAAAAACAUUUUACUCAACAAAUUGAAUGAAAAGUUUAUUCUUUUGAUAAAUGUACAUCUGUGGAGUAGCGCAUUUUGUUUGUUUCUUGUUCAUAACAAGCCCAGUCGAAUAUUCUUUCAUCCUAGCCGACUGAAAUUUUCUUGUGCGCUUGAUCUCAUAAGUCUUUUUGUUAUCCUCGAUCUUUUUCUUGUUGGAAGGAACAUCCUCACCAGUACUGUUAUUCUUCAGUGCUAGUGCGGUGAUCUUUUAAAAAAAUUUAAAAAUUUUGAUUGAGACAAUGCCGAUACGCUCCACUAACUGCACUAGCAAACAAGUGAUUCAGGUCGCUGAUGAUUGCUGACAAGCAAGUGUGAUUGAUGUGCAUGCAAUUAUGCUGUACAGCGGGGGUUGCACGGAAAUCAGUGGCAACGCUCCGCACAAAGAAAUCAAUCACACACAACUUACACAAAAGAAAGUUUAUAUUCAAGGCACUUAGUUAUAAAAUACAGGACUAAAUAAUAAUAGUUUUUAUCCAAAGUCAGGCAACGUCAGAGCUCUACAACUUACUUGCCCAAGCAGACAACUUGGAUCAUCUUUUUCCUUGUCCAAAUGGAAAAGUUACCCAUCUCGGACGUUCAGACGGGCCUUGUUUACUUUUUUAUCAAUUUAUAUCAGGCCUAGAAUCAGUUAUAAGACAAUAUGUCCAUAAAGCACAUGAAUAAAUGAUUAAUUAAAUGCAUAUAAAAUACAAGAAAAAAUUAACAGUUUGCUAGUUGAAGCACACACAUAUUUAACUAGGUUAAUUACCAGGUAGUAAUUAUGACAGGAAGAUAUGAUCAUGGACUAUGCAGUCUUUGAACAAGAGUUGCUAAUUGUUAAAUUGAGGUGCCCACAAAAUAAAAGGCUUACAUAUACAUGUGCUUUCAUCAAUGAUGUAUACUAAGUCUUAUGCUUAGGCGACACUACGUGUACAGUACCGCUCAAAAGUGAGUUACCAUCCUCUCACGAGAUGCAAAUCACAACACGCGCUACGUGACACAUCGCAUGCUAUGUGAUUCUUGUCACGUGCUACACAAUUCCUGUAGAGCACUAUUGAUUCUCGUAGCCCGCAAUGGCCUAAAAACUGUAAGUAUAAUUGCCAAAAUUCUUGAGCGAUUUCAAUAAUCAGUGGUAAAGUUUUACCGCGACCAACACACGAACAGAUUCUAACCUCUAAAAUCUUUCCACAUGAACUGAUCCAGCAUUGCAUCUCUUAUUUCUUGGGUAUUGUCUAGUCCAGUGUCAGCCUGAUGGUGUCAAUGUAUGUAGUUAUUGGACUACCUUGAUUUGGGUGACUAUACCAUAAAUGUAACCAGUCUAUCAUUAAUUUUAGGUUUGACAACAUAGAUAUCCUUUGCAUAUGUUAUGGAUAUGAGCUGUAAAGAGCUACAUGUACUUGGAAUUAACCCAUUCGCUCCUGGAGAUUUUGCCGAAAAACGCGUUUUGAAGCUAGUCGAGUGGUUUUCUGGUCGCUGUCGUGCUAUAAAGGGCUAAAACUUACCACAAACCGGUUUACAGGUCGUACACUUGGCGGCCUUCUGAUCCAGAUGCAAAACAUCAGCUUGCGAAGUUCGGGCAUGUGCAGAAAGCAAAAUUUCGAGAUAGUUUUUGGUUUUAAAAGUGACACAGCAGUCUUGACUUUUACUUUUCACUUUUUCUCCUCCCUUCUUUUUUCGCUUUUCUUGCCUCAUUUUUUUUUUCUCUUGCUGGGCAUUUAGUAGGCUUCAUUUUGGUGGGAAGAGUUUUUAGGAAAGCUUUUAGGAUCUUAGGAUUAGGUGAAAGGAAAGGUAGGUGGGCAAUGGAACAAGAUUUUCAUGGAGAUUUUCAGGUCAAUGUCAUGUGGUUUUUUGCUUCUUUCUCCGGUGUCCUUGACUGAAUUGUGCUCAUUCUGGUAUGGUUUGAAAGAUCUCUUCACUCUACACAAGUUAGCGAAGAGAGUUGUCCUUGACCGUUAAAACUGAUGACAUCACAAAGGGUAGAAAGGACCUGAAUCCGCACGGGCGGUUACGGGCGGUUCAGGGGCGAAUGGGUUAAGGAAGUUUUGCGUGCAAAAGAUUAUUUUAUAUCUACAUGUAGAUCUACAGAUGAAUGUACUUAUUGUACUGUUUGUUUUUUUGCUUUCUCCAUGUAAUCAUUUUUCUUUUUUUUUUGCCCAAAAUUGGCCCACCUUGUGACAAUAAUGAUACCAAGUAAGUAAUUGUGCAGUUGUUAGAAGAAAACAGUUGUCAAAAAUAAUAAUUGUGGUUUGUUCAACAGAACUUUAUUACGGAGGUGAAGCAUUUACAGCAGACCAGCCUCAAGCUUUUACUUGCCCCUAUUGUGGAAAAAUGGGGUUUACAGAAUCAGCAUUGCAGGAACACGUAACAUCGGAACACAGUGAUGCUUCCAUUGAAGUUGUGAGUGUUUUAUGAAGUUCAAAAGUAAAAUUUAUCUCUGUAUUUUUAAGGAAUGUACAAUUUUAUGCUGUUUGGAAAGAAAGUACAGGGUGCUGGAAAGUAAUAUAGAGGUACAUGAUUAUACUGGGUCCAAGUCACCCUCUGUUCUGGUCUGUACCUGAUUUUGUCCCUUGAAGUCCCAGGCUCAACACCUAAGCUGCACUCUAAAAUAACUAACUGGUUCAUCUCCUGCAAGGUGUCACUAUUAACACUUCCACCUCUCAGUCAUAGUGCUUGUACAGUGAUUUUGUCACAUAUAAUUAUGGCGAGUCCUGGGACUCAUAUUGUGAAAAAUCAUGAGUCCCGGUGCAGAACCAAUGAGUCCCAGUUAAAAAAACAACCAAGUCCUAAAAUAAUUGAAAAUGCUCGGGCCAUGUAACUAGACAGUACUGUUAAUCUGACAAUUCAGGGUACACCUAACCUCUUUUCAAGGGAGGUGUCCCUUGAAAAGAGGUGUCCCUCAAAUGGAGGUGUCCCCUGAAUAGAGGUGUCCCCUGAAUGGAGGUUGGGCUGAGGUUUGUUAAUUAUUAAUGAACAAAUAUAAUAUUUUUAUUAGAGCUAAAAAAGGCGACUGUUCUUCCAGGCCAUGGAUUCUGCUGCAAUCAUUAUUUAAGCCGCGUAAUAAUGACUGUAUAGAAAAUCAUGAUUAACUUAUCUCUACGAUGUUGUGUGUUGAAUUCCCACAAGUGGAGUACUGUACAUCUAUUUAAGUGAGUUAAUUCAUUUUUUGAAAGCUCUCGCCAUUGUGACUAGCAAACACUUAAGAACUUAUCAAUAAUUUUUGUGGUCAGUCACUUUUUGAUUGCUUCAUGUUAGGUGUACCCUGAAUGGAGGUUAAACCAAGGUUUUGGGACCCAGAAAAGCAAAUAAGUAAAUGAAUGAUGAGAAUAGUUAAUUUCAUAAACACGCUCUGCUGGAUUACAAAACCUUUCAUGUGUUUAAAAAAACUGGACGCUCAGUUGUUGCCUUGUUUUCAUAUGUAGGUUUGUCCAGUGUGCGCAGCCCUACCAGGUGGAGACCCAAAUCAUGUGACAGAUGACUUUGCUGCUCAUUUGACGUUAGAGCACAGGGCACCCAGUAGAGAUAUACUAAUAUCCUUUACAUUUUUAAUAACGUGGUGUAGGCAGUCGUUUUUGUAUCGCUGUAUUAGAGCAUUUAAAACAAACGUUAGCAGGUAUGUUUCAAUGAUCAUCACCGCCACGUGUUUACAUGUACACAAGCAUUAUUUUUUUCAGAAGCAUGGGAUUAUAUGCUCCUGUUUUUUAAAAAAUCAUGGAUCUUCAAGUGAAGCGUGGUAAAGAAUUGUAGUGGCGCCUUAAACCAUCCAUUACCAUUCGACAGAAAAUCCCACGCAUAAACAUGUAAAAUCUGAUUUUAACCUUGUGGGAGAAGGACCCACAUCAAAGUAUAUCCAAAUCAACUGGAAAGUCUAAAAAGGGGAUAUAGAAAAUGCGUUGCCUCAAACAAUAUUGUACCUCAUAUUUUUCAAACUUCCCAAACGAAAGAGCGUGAACUAUUUGACUUUCCAACCAUUUUUUAGGUUUUCCCAUGUAAAUGAUAAGGACCCUGAAUUCUUGACAUGGUCCUCUGUGUUUUUUCAGGGAUAAUUUACGAUACCUGGUUCGGGGGAAUUUACUAGAGUGCAUGUUGUGCAGAAGUGGUAGGCGCAAUUAGGCCAUAUUUUUUUCUUACUUAAUAGUACAGUCCUGCGCAGUGGAAAUAGGCAGCACCAAGGGGACUCAUACUUGCAAGGUGCUUUCCCCAUAAUCGUUUGAUCUGUGUAUAUUGCAUUGUUCUUUAACUGACUUACUACGAUGAACCAGGAGCGGCGCGGCAUGUGAGACGUUUAUUUCAUCCGGCAGUUGGCGGAAGUCGGCCCAGACCUCCUCGACCACGAGCAGCCAAUAUGCAUUUCGGAGGAUCUGGGGGUAGCGGUCUUGGGUCGUCUUCAUCCUCCUCCUCCGCGUCCGGCCGUGAGAGCAUGGACCCUAUAGCGGAGCUUCUGUCCCAACUGUCGGGUGUGCGUCGAGCAGCACAGCAAUCCCAGCCUCCCAUGCAGUCGCAGCUUCAAUUGCUGCAACAGCAGUUGCAACUGGAAAGACAGCAAGUGCAACAGACAAGGGAACGACUGGAAAGACUUCCAGCGCGGCGGCCGAUGGCAGCUGCAGCAGCAGCAGCAGCAGCUAGCGGUAGUGUACCAACCACAUCAACAGCUAGUGCUCAAGAAAGCAGCAGCUCAGCCUCUUCGUCUUUUCUCCUUGCAAGGUCGGUACAUAUAAAAACAGAACACUUUAAACAUCAACUGACUUCAUGAGAUGAACGAGUAAGGUUUUACGUCGCAAGGCAAACGUAGCCUUGGCUUAUUAAACCAUCAUAACUAGUCUGUUGGUCGAUACACCCGAUACAUGUAGAUACUUUCCUCGGCGGCCUUUUUAAUUUAAGCGGUCGUACCUUAUGAGUUUCAUACAUAGGUCGUUAUUUUGAGGGACAAGAGGUGCUUGGUUUGCUUGCUAUGAAAUUACACAAUUAAGAUUAAUAUAAGUGAGGCCACACGAAAAAUUUUGUGUUUACCUAAAAUUCGUUUGGUUUGUUCUAAUGUAGCGAAACGUCGAUCCAGAAGAGUUUUGUUCAGUGUUCUAAAUUUAUUGAUUACUUUAUUACUUUAUUGUAUUAAAAUAACCAAACAUACGCCCCUUUCAUAAACUCGGUAGGCGAAUUGCUACUUUUACUGUUAUUUGUUUUAGGGCUAAUGAACCCUCGCUCUCAGAGUCCGAACAAGAAAUCCUCGAACGCGAGCGUGCGGACAGAAGUCUGUUUGUACAGGAUCUUAUAUUAUCCACACUCGGAUCAGCCGCAUUUAGGCGAAGACCACGCCCAAUCCCCGACUCAACAGAACCUUCGGAGGAGUUUGCAAGCCUAACGAUACAGGGUUGCACGGCAAAUGAUGCCGCACGUGGGGCGGCAGAAUCACAAGACUCAAACGUUGUCGAACAGGACGUUACUGUUGAAGAUAUGGAGUUUAUAUCAUUGGAAACAGAAGAAGACAAAGAUUCCUAGCGUAUGCAGGAUCUUCACGUAGACAAAUUAAAUUUUAGCCUCUGUGUAACCCGCUCAGAACUGGUUUUGCAGUGACUUUAACGCCACCCGUUCACUUGCCGUCGUUUUAGAUCGUUGUGCCCGCGCGCGAUCUUAUGAAAAGGAUGGUACUAUAGGGCAGGAAAGGACAUCCUGUUGUUGUUUUCAGAAAGGACCAUCUUAUAAAUGUGUUGACCUGAUAUUGUCAUUAAAACACCGGCACGCUUGUCAGUUCGCCCAAGCGAAAUUUCCCAAUUGUCAACUUCGCCCAAAUUGAUUAAGAAUCGCCCAUUCGUAAAUAUAGGUGUGAAAAGUAGCUCCAAAUACAAACUAACGUAAUACUAAAUACGUGGCUGUAUAUACCGUCCGGUUUUCCAAUGUGAGCGAGUGGACCUCAAUUUGGGCCAAUUUGACUUUGGUGAAUUUUCUUUGAGCAAAUUGAUUGGCAACCAAGCCUAGAAUCAAUUUAUCCGUGACGAAAUGCCGCGCCAUGAAAGAGAAUAACCAUAAUAGUGCGCAUUUUGUAGUUGGAGAGAUAUUAAAGUAGGUAGGGUUGGAAAAAUAAAUUUUAAUGAACUAGUAUGCCAAACUACUUCACAUAUUUAGCUU